UACUGUUCCAACUGACCUCCGAUGUCUUUUUGGACAGUUUAAUAAUCACAAUUUCAAACUAGAUAAUAAAAGCCGAAUAUCUCUAAUUAUUUCAUUUAUUUCAAAUAUGCAUUUCAAUAUAAUCAUUUCGAUUUUUUUAUUUUCAUUUUUUGAAAACUCUUAUGCCGAUAAUAAUACUAAAUUAAAAGAUGUUCUAAGAAAUAAUUCCUAUAGAUCCAAUAAUAAUCGGACGAAUAAUAAUAACAACAACAACAACAACAACUCCAAUAAUGAUGACGAUGAUGUUUUUAAAUCGGAAGCAAUGAAUGUGUUGGAUAACUGUUCUUCCAAUGGACGUAAAAAUCAAGAAAACAAAAACGAUAACAAUAAUAACAGAUAUGGUAGUAAUAGUCAAUCGACAGAUACUUACAGAAGGAUAAAGCAAAAUGGAGACUAUUACAAGAAUUUCGGGUAUGACAACAACGAUAGCCAACAAUAUGAUAGAAACUACAAUUAUAAUUCGAGAAAUAAUCGACAAAACUCGAAUAAUAACGAUUACAAUAGUGGAAGCAACAGUGAUGAGUAUAAUAAUCCAUCAUCCAGCUCUAAUGGGAAUAGAAAUAGUAAUUCUAAUAACGGAUACAACGACGGUGAUUCCCCUUACAAUUCUUAUGGGAGUAAUGGAAAUAACGGCAACAGUGGAAGCAAUUAUGAUCGAUCAAACGGUUACAGUAACAAUAAUAAUAAUGAUGAUGACGAUAGAAACAGAAACGGUAAUUAUGGAAGUAGCAGUAACGGUUAUGGAAGCAGCAGAAACGGUUACGGAUCAAACACUAGGUUAAAUAACAUGAAUAACGGGGAUAGCUCCAGUGGUUAUGGUUCAAAUGGUUAUAAUAACUAUGGUUAUGGUAAUAAUGAGCGUCAAAAUAUGGGAAAUACUCGUUCAGACCAAUCGGAAAGUAAUUAUGGAUAUAAUAGAGAAUAUAUGCGGCAAAAUAAUCGAGGACAUAGCGAAGGUUAUAAUGAUGGUUAUUACAAUGUUGGCAUACCAAGUUACGGAAGACGAAUGAAAAGAGACAACAAAGAUAAUAAUAAAAACAGCAGAGACAGAGAUGAUAAUCAAUGCACAAGUCAAUGCGUUUUCGGUCACAUGGAGUUGUUGGACGAUGAUCAAAUGCCUUCAGAAACGUUAAUUAUCAAAUGGAUUCAAGAUCAUAUUGCAAACGAUGAUAUGAAGAGGAUUAAAACGCUAAGGGAAGUACGGAAAUGUUUUACUAGGAUGUCAACAACAGCAAUUGAUGAUGGCUGUGACUACUCGAAUGAAUUGGCUAAAUGUUUGAAUUUGGAUUUUGAUUAAUUUGGUUAAAGAAGCAG